AUGGAUUUGGCUUCAGAAGAUGACAAUCUUGGAUGCUCGUUGAACCAAGAGUCCAGUGAUAAAACAAGUGAUCACCAUUCUGAAAAGAAAGAAGACUCAAAACUAAAAUCUCCUUAUGUUGGAAUGUUUUUCGAAACAUUGAAGGAGGCCGAACAAUAUUAUGAAGAUUACGGUCGACAAGAAGGUUUUUGGACUCGUAUCCGAAGUUCAUCAAAGUAUAGAUCACAGUCAAGUGAAGUGACAGGUAGAUUAUUUGUUUGUGCACAUGAAGGUAAACAUGUCAUGCAAACUGAAAAAGAAGAUGAUCUGGAAGAGAAAGACGAGAGAGCUGAGAGUGAUGAGGCAGAAAUAUGUGAUAUACAGGUUGAAAAGAAGAGGCGUAGAAGUUGUUCAACUGUAAAGUGUGGGUGCAAGGCUAAUAUGCGAAUUCUUCAUGACAAAUGGACAAGAAAAUGGAAAGUUUCAGUUUUCAGUGACAUCCACAACCAUAAAGUAGUGUCACCAGCUCGAAGAAUGAUGAUGAAGUCAAAUAAACAUAUGCCUGAUGCAGCAAAAGAUUUAACUAAAGCUUUUCAGAGAGAGAACUUGCGAAUCAGUAAAGUUCCUUCAAUGUUUGGCGGUGCUCAUAGUACUGGUUUUGACAAUAAGGACUGCUAUAAUCAUUUAAGGAACAUGAGGCACAAAGAGUUGGAAUAUGGAGAUGCAUAA